GUGUCCCCCGAGUCUUCUCACUACAGUUUUCGCUAUGGCGUGUAUAGGGUCCGGUAGGCUCUGUGCUCGUGUGGAGAAAUUGUGCCAGUUUGGACAUUUCACUCAGGUUCGAAGGAAAGUUUCAACGGCAUGUGUGAGAUUUCGUCAAGACAUACCGCAGUCCGGCUCAACAUUGGUACAGCACUGCCAGAAUGGGGCAAGGUCACGCGUACGAGGGGUUAUCCCGGGGUCAAGAGCUGUCAGUUCGAUGCAGACGCAGCAGCCAGGUUCUUUGCCCGAAUUUCAGGUCGACCCUUACCGCCUUAUUGACGAUGAUCUCAAGGACGUCUAUGAUGACAUACGGCUGGAACUUGUCCGAAACACGUCACAGGAAGAAUUGAAAACCAUAGCAACAUAUUACUUCGACGGUCAAGGAAAAGCCCUGCGACCAAUGGUGGCGAUUCUUAUGGCUAGGGCUAUAAAUUAUCACAAGGAAAGAAGCGAUCUCUUGGCAUCGCAGCGACAAGUGGCGAUGAUCGCCGAGAUGAUACACAGCGCGUCUCUGAUCCACGACGACGUGAUCGACCAGUCAGAUUUCAGGCGUGGAAAGCCCUCGGUGAACGUGUUGUGGAAUCAUAAAAAGGUCACGAUGGCCGGCGAUUUUAUUCUCGCAAUUGCAUCGAUGAUGAUCGCAAGACUUCGCAACGACGAUGUUACGCUCACCCUAAGCCAGGUCGUCACGGAUUUGGUGCAAGGAGAAUUCAUGCAGCUCGGUUCUAAGGAAACCGAAAACGAAAGAUUCGCACAUUAUCUGACUAAAACGUACAGGAAAACGGCCAGUCUUAUCGCCAAUUCCGCGAAAGCCGUCGCAAUGUUGGCCGGUGCCGACGAUCAUCUAGCGGACGUCGCUUUCCAGUACGGAAGAAACGUCGGUCUGGCUUUUCAGCUGGUCGACGAUCUUCUAGAUUUUGUAUCAUCGUCAGCAGCCAUGGGAAAACCGACAGCGGCCGAUUUGAAACUAGGACUUGCUACCGCGCCAGUUUUAUUUGCUUGCGAACGGUAUCCAGAAUUGAAUCCGAUGAUAAUGCGACGUUUUCAAGAGCCCGGAGAUGUCGAGAAGGCAUUUGAAUUUGUCCACAAAUCGCAAGGUCUUGAGCAGACACGGUUUUUAGCAAAGAAACACUGCGUCGAGGCGGCUCGUCUGGCACAAUCGUUAGCCGAAAGUCCUUAUCAAAAAGGCUUACUGGUAGUAAGCGAUUUCGUAAUAAACCGAAUGAAGUAGCCGAGGAUUUAAAUAUAUUAAUAAUAAUGAUAAUAAUAAUAAUAAUAAUAAUAAUAAAUAUUUGAGAGCAAAUCGAGUACAAAGCUGCUGUCGUACUCCUCAGAGUCGCGACCUUAGAGGUGAUCCUUGGGCAGGUAAUCCGAUUCGGAUUAAUCGACCCCGAUCCUGCACCCCCCCCCCCUCCUCCCUUUUCACCCAAAAAGGAAGGCAAUAAAAAACUGUGCAAAGCGAAAAAGUCUCUCUCCGGGUCGAUGACACAUGUACCGAGGGAAGAGAGAUCAACAGGACUAAGUAAACAUUUGUGCGCAUCUGUGAAUUGUCGAAUGUAUGUUCAUGCAUGCUACUACACGUUGUGUGAAAAUGUGUUUUAGAGUGAAUGUUGUAUUUUUUUCUGUUUUUUUUUCUUUUUUCUUGUAAUACACCGACGAGUUCAAAACGUGCAUUGAUUUUCUCAAUAAUUUACGUCGAAUGUAACACGGAGGCUUUUAUUACAUCAGGGUUGUGCGAGAAAAUCACUUCGUACUGUUCGAUCGGGUAAAAGUCAAAGCUACAAGACACUGUUUCAUAUCUCAGAGUUGAACCAGAUCAAAGAAAAAAUAAAAGUCACAGAGUUAUGCUUAGUGUGAUGCUGUUUUGAAACCAUUUUGAAACAGUUCGGAAAACGAACUUAAACCGUUGAGAUAUUUUUGUUUUGGCACAUAAAUGUAUCUUAUUUGGAUAUUCUUACACAUAAUUUCAUCAGUUUUCACUGGAAUUUAUGUUUGUGUUUUAUGACAGCAAAUUUUGCUCUGAUUCGACGUAUUUCACUGAUUUUUACUGAUUUUUCAUCGACAGUAUUACACAAGAUUAUUAAAACUGUUAUAAUGAAACUCUAAUUAAAUAAUACCACUUCUCAAGGUUCAGAUUUUAGACAAACCGAGCGUUGAAGACACGUAUUGAGAAAUUAAUAACGAAGCUCGUCGGUAGGAAUUUUCAAAGAUAUUAUGUUAAAAUAUAUGUAAUAUGUAUAAAUAUCUGUAUGUAUGUAUUAUGUAGAAUUCGUGGUAGUGCCAAGCGAUUGAAGUAUUAUUCAAUUUUGUUUUUUUCGUCAUUCUUUCGAAUAAAUUUUUUAAGUACGUACUGUAAUCUGAUCAACAUAAAAAAUGAGAUAAAAUAUUCAAUCGAGAUAAAAAUAAAGACACAAAAAAAGUAAAACACAUACAAAUAGUUAUUAAAAUGAAUAUUAAAUCUAUAAUAUAACGAUAAAGCUACCACGAUAAAUCUGAAUCGUAUGCCCAAGUGCCUGAUUCGAUUUUUAUAAUUUCAUUUAUGAAAACAAAUGAAUCUUAUGAAUGUUGAUUAAUUAUUAAAAUAAAUGAAUAAAUAAAUAAUAAUGAUAAUUAUUACUAUUAUUAUUAUUGAAUAGAGCACCAGCGGAACUUAUAGUCCACCGCGAUUCGGGUAGUGCGAGCAUUACCUUAUUUUUUAUUAUUGAACAUAUCGUUAGCCACACACCUGUAAAUAUACUUAUAUAAUGCUUAGAGUAGCAUAUUAUAGAAACAUUAUAUACAAAUGUAUAAUAAUAUAUUAAGAUCAUGCAAAGCUAUCGGAUUUUCUUUUACAAAUUUCACAUGCAUCAAGAAAUUUGUGCGGCUGCCUUCGGACUGUGACAACGCCAUGGCUAAAACGAGAUAUCAAUAUGAACCGAGUAUUUAUUCUUGAGCUUAACGGUUUGAUUUUUUUUACUUGAAUUUUAUUUCCAUGUCCUCAACGUUUUUACUUGCCUUAUGAUACGAGUUGAAAUACUCUCAAAAUUAUUAAACAAAAGCUGUCAUUCUUUUCCGUACGCCGAGGUGAAUAAUCAACCGGAACAAUUAAACUUAGUUUAGUUUAGAAGAAUAAAUACAUUCAGUAUUGUUGCCAACAGUCCAUUACAAUUUAAGCAUCGAGUAAAUUUCAACAACAAGGCCCAGCUUAAUCUUUUCAACCCAAUUUAAAGCUGUCAAGAUUCAUAUGCCGACUUUGUUUCCUUCAUUUAUACAAAUUUGAAACACUAUUUAAGUUUAAACUUACAAGCUUGGUAAUAAUUGUACAUCGGGUAAAUGAUUUUCAGAGAGUAGAAAUUGGGCGUAUGAAAAAUGAAUGUACAUGGAAGAGAAUUGAAGAAAAAUAUAUAUUAUAUAUAAUAUAAUGUAUAUAAAUAUAAAUAUUAUAUACACAUAUAUAUAUGUAUAUAUUUUUUCGCCUGCACAAAGGAACAUAAUGCAAUGUAAUAUUCUGAAUAAAUAUCUAAUAAUGGAGUUGAUCAGAUGCUGGACACAAAAAACUGCUCAAAUCUAACUUAUAUUAAUGAUAUAGGUUAAUAUUGUACGUGCGUCCAAAUACGUGUAAAUAUGUAUAAUAUACAUAUACGUAUACACAUAGGAAUAUAUAUAUUAUACAUAUUUGAUGUAUUUAAACACGUAUAUAGUUACAUGCACCAUGCGUGCGUGUGUAAAGUAAUAUAAUAUUAUAUUAUAAUUAUUAUUAUUAUUCGAAUAAUAACAAAGUAAGCAAAAUGUAAUUAUGAUCAAAUGUAGAUUAAUCAAUUGUUCUUAGCUAAAGUAUUUAGACGUGUAUAUGGAGCAGAGGUAUAACCGAAUUUUAAUAAAAUAAAAAACAAAACAAAUUUUCUUAAGCAAAUCAUGAAUGGUAACGAACAUACCUCCAUCUACACAGAUCAGGAAACGAGUAAUCGACGGAGAGUAUUAAUUAUUCAGGGUCAAUUAUACUUCUUAAAACUUAUAUUCGACUCUACUCGGAGAAAAAACGAAGAAAUUUGACCAGGUUUUCUCGGUAUUUCUUAAAACCGUCUGAUAUUACGCCAGUAUACGAAAUUUACAACUCGAUAGACAAAGCAGUGGCCCCCCCCGUGCUGUUCUGUGGAAAAUUAUUAAAAACUGUAUUUAAAUUUUAGAUUGUUACUCCGUAUAUGCGUAUAAUUAGGUGCUGAUAUUGUAAUUCUUUCAAUUUAAGUCUGAUUGGUAUAAUAAAUUGUGUCAUUGAUGAUUAACACAAAUUUGAAGCGGCAAGAUGCAGAGAUAUUAUUAAACGUAUAAUUGGAUUUUAAUUUGCACGGUAGAAAAAAUCAUUCAAAAAUCAUUGUGUGAAAGUGUGCUUGAAAUGCGAGUGGUAUCUAUUUACGUUUUUUUUUUUUUGACCUUUGUAAUCUUCAUUUCACGAAGUAUAAUUUGAUAGAAUAAUGAAAAUGUAAAUACUACUCGAAUCACCUAAUAUUUUUCACAAUAUGUUGUUCGAUUUAGCUAUACUGACAAGUACAUAAGAAUUGGUUCGAUCGAAGCUGAAAAUGAACUAAAGAGUUUCUAAACUAAUUACUGACAUUGAAUUGACAUUGUAGUCGUGUAUAUAUGGGUAGUCAACAAUUAAGCGUAACCUGGCACGAAAGCUAGCAAACCCCCAUUUUUUUUGUUUUUUUUUUUUUUGGUUUUGGGUUUUCCUUUUUUUUUCGUAUACUGACAAUUAUUAAGAUGUGAAUAAAACAAAAUAUUAUAAUUAUUGUGUUGGGAAAUUGAAUCAACGUUGUAUAAUUAUUAACUUCUUUAUAAUAUAAACACUAAAAGAAAAUAUUGGUCGUCUUUUCAUUUUCUUUUUUUCUUGUCAACUUUAUCAAUCUGAAGAAAAAAUCAAUAUCCUAUAUUGUUUCAUUGCAAUCGUCAUCCAUGUGCUCAAACUAUGAAUACUACAGUUGCACAGUUAAUGAAAUUUCACUAGUCGAGGACUUUCAAUUUUACUUUUACCAUAACUAUCACUCCCAUACUGUGAAAUAAAAUAAUCAAAAACUGUUUACCUUUUCUACAUCGCCUUUCGUUUAGAAAUGAAUAUCACUCUCAUUCAAUUACUAACGGGGCCUCUAUUAAAAUCUUCUUCGCAGCGUUUUUCAAUACGCAUGCAAUAUAAUACGAUAUACUCAACAGUUUGGCUUCUUUUAUUUUAAACCUAACACUGAUCUUUGCAGUAAUAUUCUAAUUCCCGAUUGCAAGAAAAGAAUCGCUGUUAAAUCAAUUUCGAUUUAUUCAUUUUAAAGAUGGUAUUUAAGUUGACUAACAUUUAAAAAUACUGGAGAAAAAGCGAAAUUUCACUUCACAUUCCCAAUAGCAGUGUUUUCUCAACAUCUCUAAACCAACUUAUUGAAUGAAACUGGAUGGAAUUAUUGAUUACGUCAUUAUUUCCAUGCAUCUCCUUUUCAGGAGAAUAAUUCUCUUCGUAUAUGUAACUUUGAAACAAGUGUCAAUUCGAACAUUGAAUUUGAAUAAAUUAAUUAAAAAAAUACAAUCCAGUGGAAAUAAAAUCGAAAUUAGAAAUAAAGUUUGUAUCGCAAAGCAGAAAAUUUAUGAAAAAAAACUUUUUUUUUCGUAAUUCAAAUCUACAUAUUUACAAUACUAUGAUAUCUCGAGACAUCGCAUAACAUUUGGGAUUGUUUUAUCCUUAAACUUAGGAUCAUGAAAUAUUUCGAUUUUAUUUUCGACCACGAGGACUAUUUCAAUUCGAGCACUUUCAAUUAGAGGAUUUUAUUACAGAGACAAUUUAGUCGUCAAUGCAUAAUGCACAAGAAUAGAAUUCUAAUCUGAAACGUGAAUUACAUUCCAGCUAAAUGAUUGAAUAACGAAUUUAAAUCAAACUUGUAAUUCAUAGGAUUCUAUUAUUCAAUGAUUCUGAAGCAGUAUUCCAACCAACCAUUAAAUCCCCCGAAGGUAAUACAUUUUGUCGUUAAAACUUAUAAAGAUCAUUGAAAGAUGUUUUAAUCUUAAUAAACGAUUUUAUUAUACAAAUAUAUUAUUUAAUUUGAACUGCAAGAAGCAUCAUUAUAACGUCAAUUCAACAUUAUCAAUUAUGAGACAGUCGGUUUUAACAUUGUGCGAAUCUGUUGUAGAUAUCGCUAAUUGCUAUAUUUUUCUUUUUCUUUUUUGCUUUUACGAACAUUAUUCGUCAAAAUUCGAAUGACAAAGAAAAAAAUUCUUGCAUCACUUUGGAUCUGUUCAGAGCGAUACGAUAUUGUGCUAAGUUUAGUUAUUUCACAGAUAUUAAGAGUAAUGUUAUUACAAAAACUUAAACUACUACAUUACAGUUACUUAUCGCUAUCAACCAUACAACUAUUAUUAUAGCAAAUUGUCAUAACAAUAUGUAUAACGCAAUAAAGUUAUGCUGUUAUUAUAUGGGUUCAAUAAAAAUAACGUAAUAUUACAGGUGAUAUUUGAAAAAUGGAGUGUUGCUCACGGUUUUCGAAUUAUAUGGGAAAAAAAUAGAUUGUCAUUUCUUCCGCCUUGAUCUUAUAAAUCUAUCUUGAAAUCCAACAGUAUGAAACCCCUAAUGUUUUCCAUACAAAAAUUACUCUAGCUGGAGAAUCGAAGAGUUUAUUUUCCUUUCACAAAAAUGUAAGGUAAAAUGAUUAAUAGUUAGAACACUGAAGUCAAAGAACAAAAGGACGAGAAAACUUGUUCAU